UAAUGGAAGAAGCCUUGAUUUGUUUAAGCUAGUUAUUUAUGUUGUAACUAACAAAAAGCUUGUUAUUUCUUCCCAUAUAAUCACUUAGUUAAUUUUGAUAAUUAAAUUUACAAAUAAUUUGGUAAGGUACUUUUAUUGAGUGUCGAAAGAUUAGGUACGAGGAAACCAACUCUUAUAAAGUUUUUAUAAUCUCUUUCAAUUUAAAAAAUCGAAAAUACUUUGAAGAGUGGAUGCAGAUUCAAUUCAAAUUUAAAAAAUCGAAAAUACCUAGUACAAUACAAAAUUACCAACCAUCACACGAUCAAGAAAAUUUAAGUGUAGGAUUAUAAGUACUUUUAGUAAUAUUUUUUAAUUAAAGUUAAAGUUUUAUUUCCCUGAAGUAUACUGAAUUUUAAUACUGAUGUGUUAAUUUUUAAUGUUGAAUUUUAUUGUACAGUAUCAAACUAAAAAUUUAAUUCCUGAUGAAAAAAUAAUACUACCAUAGUGCAUUAAAUUUUGACUAAAUAAAUAGGAGAGAACAAGAGAAUGGAAGCACGUGACUAGAAUUAUUAAAAAAACAUUUUGUCUUGUAUUAGUCCUUCAGCUAACUAUUUAUAAUAACAAAAGUUUCAUACAGGGUGUUGACUAACCUUACUCCAUUCUCUGCAAUGGCAUCGACCAUUUAAAGACUAUUUGCUCAUCGUUUUGAGGCUUUUUCUUACUCUUUCAAGCACCAUGGCUCAAUCUGCACUGUAUGUGACAAAUGAAGGAUACUCUUUCCUUGUUGGUUUUUAGUUUAAAACUCAUAAAACAGAAGUAAUUAACACGACAUGUUGAUUCUCACAGUAUUACUUAAGUUAGAUUAUGUGUGCUUGUGGUUUCAGAUUAUCGAGUGGAGUGGAGCUUGCACCUCUUGUGAUAAGCACUGGUCUUCUUCGCAGAUCAUGGGAUGCUAUUUCAUCUCGUUAUGAAGGAAUCGUUUCAAACAAGGGAGAAGGACUAUCAUGGAAAGUCUAUAAGGAUUUUGAUUCAGAUUUUAUGAUUAUAGCGUUUGAGGCAACAUCAGAUUCUUUCAAUUUUCAAGCGGAUUUGACUCCAUCUUCUGCUCUAAGAGAGGAGAAUUUCCUUCACUUUGAUUUUCUGUGUACCAAAGCCAACCCAGUUUUCUCUAUCAACAGCACUGCAUUUUCACUCUUCUAUAGAAACCAUCAGAGGCUUGAUGAGUGGAAGAAAUCUGAUUUUGAGGUACAUCUCCUCCUUUCCCUUGUAUUUUUUAUGCCUCUUUUGAUUUCUCUUUGGAAAAUUAUAAGCUGAAAACACCUUAUCUGGCCUGCAUGAAAAACUGUGUAUUUCCUACAUAUCUAGAGAUUGAUGAUGUGUGUCCUGAUCAAGCUUAUUAAUUCUGUUCUGAAUUUAGCUGUUUGACUUUGUAAAUUGUUCAUAACCACCCUAUGGUAUCACAUUGUUUAGCUUUAAAAUUUCUCUUUUUUUCAUAAAAGAAACAAAAAGAGUAGGGACUUUUUGCCUUAGAAGUUAUAAUUCUAUACCCUUUAAGUCCAAUGUUUUGGGAUAAAAUUAUUAUAACUUUAGAGCAAGCAACAGUUUGCUAAGUUUGUCUUAAAUAUAGUGUAGUUCUUCUGCAUGCUUGUAGGGGUCAUAUAUUGUUCUUCCCAUGUAUAUCUUUACAUAAAAAUCCUAGUGCAGAUGAAUAGUGCCACUCCAUUGAUUGUUACUGGACAUGGUCUUGGAGGAUCAAUUGCUUCUCUCUUCACUAUAUCACUAUUAGAUGGCAUGCGGUCAGUAAAGAAUCGCCCACUCUGCAUCACCUAUGGUUCACCCCUCAUUGGUGACAAGCAGUUGCAACAAGCCAUAUCACCUAGUCCUAUGUGGAAUUCUUGCUUUCUACACGUUGUGUCAAUCAAAGACCCACUUCCAAGACUCUUCAUUACAAACCAUAGCUCUUCAGCUGCAGCAUUGAGUCCUAAAAUCAGCACCUACAUGCCUUUUGGAACAUAUCUAUUGUGUUCUGAUGUAAAUUCUACUUGUUUUGACAACCUUGAUUCUAUUUUGGAACUUCUCAUAGCAUCGGGCUCAAUCUAUGGUCAGAAUCAAGGAUUUCAAUUUACUGAGUACGAAAAUAUGGUAGAAAAUCUCACUCAUAAAGCAAUUUGCAAGGACCUAACUAUUGUGGAUGAAAACGAGCCUCUUCCAAAAUCGGAUUCAGUACUUGCAAGUAGUAUCAGUUUACAGUUGCGCGCAUUAGGAUUGACACCACAUAUGCAGGUAGACCAUAUAUUCUAUUAUCAAACUACUACAAUUAUCUAA